AUGUCUACCACGCAGGCCCCUCUCCAGCUUCACAUCCUCAUCGUCGGCUGUGGUCUCGGUGGUCUUGCCGCAGCACACUGUCUCGCGCAAGCAGGCCACAAGAUCACGCUGUUCGAGUCGGCCCCUGCAAUAGGGGAGAUCGGGGCGGGCAUCCAAGUGACGCCGAACGUCACCCGCCUGCUCAUCCGCUGGGGCCUCGGCGACAAGCUCGCAAAGAUCGCAGUGAAGCCCGAGGCCCUCGUCUUCCGCCGGUACAGCACGGGCGAGCGCGUCGCGUACUCCCGCUGGGCGGAGAAGAUGGAGGCGUUCGGCGCGCCGUACUACCACAUCCACCGCGCCGACUUCCACAGGCUGCUCUAUGACCUCGCGGGCCCGAGCAUGACCCUGCGCCUGAACUCGACCGUGGUGGGCUGCGAUCCCGAGGCGCCGUCUCUGACGCUGGCGUCGGGCGAGACGGUGCACGGGGACCUGGUUAUCGGGGCAGACGGCGUGAAGAGCUACAUCCAGCAAGUCGUUCUCGGGCAGGUGAACCCCGCGGAGGCGACGGGCGACGCUGCCUACAGGGCCCUCAUCCCGACGCAGCUCAUGCUGAGCGAUCCCGACCUCAAGUCGUUCGUGGACACGCCGGAGAUGACGGGGUGGAUGGGCCCGGGGCGCCAUAUCAUGGCCUAUAACGUGCGCGCGAAACAGGAGUUCAACCUCGUGAUGCUGCACCCGGACGACGGCUCGGUCGAGUCGUGGACCGCGGAGGGCAGCGCAGAGAAGAUGCGCGCCGACUUCGCGGAUUUUGAGCCCCGAGUGCAGAAGAUGCUCGCGCUCGUCAAGUCCACGCUCAAGUGGCGUCUCAUGGACCGCAAGCCGCUCGCGACGUGGGUCCACUCCGCAGGGCGCGUCGCGCUCCUCGGCGACGCGUGCCAUCCCAUGCUGCCUUAUCGCGCGCAGGGCGCCGCCAUGGCCAUCGAGGACGCCGCGGUGCUUGGCAACCUCCUCGCGCACGUCGCCUCCCGCGCGCAGCUGGCGCCGCUGCUGCACGCGUACGAGGCGCUGCGCCUGCCGCGCACGGCGGAGACGCAGGGCGCGUCGCGCCUGAACCAGGUGAUCUUCCACCUGCCCGACGGCCCGGAGCAGGCGGCGCGCGACACAGCGAUGCGCGCGGCGGCGGAGGCGGAGCUCGCGGCGGGCAACCCGAACCAGUGGGCGGACCGCCGGAAGAACGAGAUCCAGUUCGGGUACGACGCGGACGCGGUCGCGGAGGCGUGGUGGCGCGACGUCGGCGCGCGCGAGGUGGGCCCGCUCGCGGCGGGCGAGGCGGGCAAGGGCAAGGCCGAGGCGCGACUGUGA